AUACCUGUGGGGGGUGUAUAAACUUGAGCUCAAUUCGCCUCACAAGAAGGAAAUGAAUAUGAAGUUCGAGGGAGCCAGAAAGAAGAGUCUGCAUCAACAACAACAACAACAACACAGAAGAAGUAGUAAAUCAACAAGGCAAAGCAGAAAUGAGAAAAGAAACAUUAAGGCGACGAUUGUGCAAGUAAGGAAAGAGAUGGCGGAGAUUGGUAAAACACAGAGUUGCAUCAGAGAGGGACAGAAGGAAGUGAGGGAAAAAUACAAGAAGAUGCAAAGAGAGCGCGAACAAUUGAGGAAGGAAACAGAGGCUAUAUCCAAGCAGGGAGCGAGCAUCCAGUUAGGUCUAAAGCUCAUGUUGGCGUUGCAAAUAUCAAAAGCAAGAGCUCAACUAGAUUCUGCUUUGGCCGAUCAGCUUCUUCAGUCUCUCCGUUUCUUUUGAUUUCUGUUGAAGUUAGCCAGGUCUUCUCCAUUUAGGUGCAUAUGACCUGAAGCUGUAGUACGUAGUGUAUUUGCUUUGUCAUGUUUUAUUAUGUUAAGGUUGUACUGGUCAAAGUUGCUUUAUGUAUUUGCUUCGUCAUGUUUUAUUAUGUUAAGGUUGUACUGGUCAAAGUUGCUUUAUGUAUUUGCUUUGUCAUGUUUUAUUAUCUUACGUCUGUUUAUUAGGUGGUGCCGUAUUUGUAAAUGGCUUAAGUGCCAUAUGUUGUUGGAAGUCUUGUUUAACAAGUUGAAUA